ACUCCUUUUACCCCCAAAAAUCCAUCAAAUUUCCAUAACCAAAAUCUCUUCUCUUUUCUUUAUUCCAUCCGCUCAUCUAAAUUUCCUUCAUCCAUAUAUUCUUCUAAUUUCAUUUAUAUUUAUUUUAUUUUAUUUUAUUUGUGUGACUUUGUGUACAGUGUUUAUGGAUGAUUCACAGACACGUAAGAAGAGAUCUUCGGUGGCUGUUUCUAAAGAUGGAACUGCGAAAGGCGCUAGUAAGGAGAAACUAAAAGGCCUUGGAGACCAAUUGGAUAAAUCUCAGCGGAGUAAUCUGACACAACCGAGCAAACUUCAGCCAGUACCUGCCAUGAAACGGAAGUUCCAGAAAACUACAAUCACUGGCACGAAAACCCCUUCUGUUUAUAAUCUAAGAAGUAACAAACAGAUCACUGAAGAUGCUAAAGAUCCCCCAGCCUAUAACUUGAGGACUAAAGUUCAGAAAACCGGAGGCCAAAAUACCUCUACACCUUCCCAAAAGAGGAAAACCUCCAAAAAUGAGAAGUCUAAAGAUUCAUCUGAGGCUAUACAGACGGGAAUUCUGAAAAAUACUUCACCACCCGAUAAAAAGAUCGAAACUACAAAGCCUGUAACUACUUCGCCGGCUAGCCUUGACAAGAAGAACGAGCCAAUAACCAGUCAAUAUGAACCGUUCUUAUGUGAACCAAUGUAUCAUAUCAGAUGGGAAGGUGAUGAAAUGGAAAAUCGGCCUUUUGGGCAGAAUUGUAUAGUAUGCAAUAAGGACCUUUCUGGUGUAACAGAAGAUGAUGAUUCAGAAGAUAAUGAUGAUGAUCGUUAUGAGUAUGAUGAGGAUGAUGAUGAUUAUGAGUAUUAUGAUGAUGUCACACCUCCUCUUCUUCCUGCUGUCGAUAUUCUAGCAUGUGGUCAUGCGUACCAUACUGAAUGCUUGCAGCAAGGUAUGUCUGAACAACAAUCGAGUGAACCUCAAUGCAUUUUGUGUUCGAAAAAGGCUUGAAGAACAAUCUGGUCAUUCAAUUUUGAUGAAGGGGAAACCAUUUUUACUACACGAUUGAAAUUUCUUAUAGGCGAUGUAGAGGACAGAAACCAAAACUGCGAGAUUAUUGUUCAAGUGAUUGAAUUUAUGUGCCAUUUGUACUGUAGAUUUUCAUGUACAUGUCAAAUUCUUUCACAUUUUCGUUUGGAGUUUUGGUUUAAUGGAAACAAAAUCGCUAAUUUAUCAA